UGUUUGCAGUCCCCCCCUAUAUCAUCCUGUCCAGAUGUGAGGUCCGAGUUACAGACAACUCGCUUUCAGAGAAGACUGUCACUUCUUGGAUCUGUACAUCCAACACAACAGCAGACAUGAAUGCAAAAUAUGCCUUGGCACUGAUCCUCGCUCUGCAGGUCUCCAUGAGCCUGUGUGACGUCCCUGCACCAUCGCAGGAACUUGUUGACAAGUAUGACACAAUGAAAUCUGUCUUCUACAAGAGGCUGCUGAACGCUUUUGGCAAGGUGCAGCAAGCCGCUGCUCCUUUCGUGCAGAAAAUUGGUGAGAGCGAGCGUGGACAGACUGCCAGGACCUACCUCGAGGAACUGCAGGGCAAGCCCGAGCUCCAAGCUGCCGUCAAGGUUGCCAGUGGCCUGGGUGAGGAGGCAGCCCCCCUGUUGGACAAGGCCCGUACAGCAGUUCUGGGUCUGUACGAACACUACCUGCGCCCCCAUGUUGGCGACUUCCUGAGCGACGGCAUCGACCACGCCAAGGUCUACCUGGACAAAUUCCUGCCCGCUGAGUAAAGAAGACCAACUGGAGCAAACACCUGUCAGCAAUCUGUAAUAGAUGAUAGCUCAUAGAAACUACACCAGUUUAGGCUGAGAAGAGCAAUGCACAAUGCAAAUACAAUCCUUUGCCAAAGUUAGUUAAAAACAAGGGCAACACCAUCUAUGCAAAUUGUGCAUGUACAGUAUUUUGUGUUUGAUACACUAACCAAAGUCUGCGUGUGAUUGUGUAUGUAUAUGUGUGAAUGUGUCCAAUAAAAUGAACUGGAAACUA